UCUAAAGGAGCAUUUUUUAAUCGAUUCUUCUGAAAAUUUAGCGACGUGCAGCAUGUGUGACAAAAAGAUGAAGUCAAUACCAUCAAAUCUUAAAAGACACAUAACCUCUCAACACCCAAACAUAAUGAAAGCAGAUGAAUCUAAUAGUGAUUCGUCCUUCAAUGCUAGAAAUACAGCAAAAGAAAAAUUCCCAAAAAUUAAGAUCGAUAAAUCUAAAGUUUUUGAAUGUAUAGUAUGGUUGAUUACAGUCCAUAAUUUACCCAUAAAUUUAGUAAAUUAUGAGGGUUUCCGUAUUUUACUAGACCCUAUAUGUCAUUCUCUUCAAAUGAAAAUAAAUACUCGGUCAGUGGUCGACAAAAUAAAAUAUACCGCAUCCGAAAUUAGACUUCAAAUUAUACAUGAAUUAAAAAACAAGCUCAUUUCUUUAAAAAUUGAUACUGCUACUAGAUAUAAUAAAUCAAUAUUAGGUAUUAAUGUUCAGUAUAUAAAAGAUGGCCAGAUACAAGUACGAACACUAGGAAUGAUAGAACUAAUAAAAAUUCAUACAGGUAUAAACCUAAAAGAAGAAAUCCAAACAAUUUUAAAAAAAUACCAGAUAGAUUUAAAACAAAUAUAUAGCAUUACUGUGGAUAACGGCGCCAAUAUGCUUAAAAUGGUUGACACUAUGGCUAGAGAUCAAUUAAAUAAUGAUAAUGAUCUAUCUAAUUCUAAUGAAAACAAUUUAAGCCAGAUAUUAUUUAAUACAAGUGUAAGUUAUCAGGAAAAUGUAUUUAUUGAUGAUGAAAAUGUCUCCGUUUAUUCUGAUGAAGAAACACCAGAGGGUAUUGACGAGGAAAAUAUAUCAGAUGAUAUAAGCAAAAGCUUUGGCUUAAGUUGCAUUAGAUGUUCUGCACAUACUAUACAACUUGCUGUAAACAUGUUUAUCAAAAAAUAUUUAAAACUAGACUUAGAGAAAAUUCGUAUUAUAAUUAAAUUGAUAAAAUCUCACAAAUAUAAAAGAUUAUUUAUAAUGGACAAAGUUUCGAAACCCACGCUAGAUACUGUUACUAGGUGGAAUAGUACUUAUCUAAUGAUGAAAAAUCUAAUGGAUAAUAAAACCUUUUAUACUAAAAUGGGUGAAUUAUACCCAGAAACUUUUAUUAGUUUCGAUUUAUGGGAUAUUAUCCUAUUAGGUACAUCAGUCCUUUUCCCAUUAUACAAAUUCACAAUGAAAUUACAAAAAAGUAAUAUUGUAAUAGGUGAUUUUUUUGCUUCACGGCUAGAAUGCAAAAUGGAGCUGGAGGAAAUGGAUAAUAAUUUAUCUAAAAGUAUGUUGGAAUGUUUAAACAUUAGAGAAAGCUAUCUUUUUCAAAAUGACGCAUUUCGUAGUGCGAUAUAUAUGGAUCCUAGAUUCCAUUAUGAAAAUGGAAAAUAUCCUUUGGAAGAAGAUAAAAUAUUGGCCAGGGAACAUAUAUUUGCAACUUGGAAACAAUUGCAAGCUAUUGACCCUCAUGAAGAAAAUACAACUCUAGUUAUGCCUUCCACUAGUGAUUAUAAAAAAACAAAACUUGACCUUUACAUUGAGCGUGAUUGCAAGUAGGGACCUAUAUUUUAUGAAUUAUGUAAUAGCGAUAUCAAGCUAAAAAUAAAAUCGUUAUUAUACAACAAAAGAUUGCCAUCCUCACAAGAUAUUUUGCAAUAUUGGGUUUCAAGAAAACACCAAGAUGCAGAAUUAUUUAAAUUAUCUCAAAUAAUUCUUGCUGCUCCUUGCACCCAGGUCUCAGUUGAGAGAGCAUUUAGUGCAUUGGCACUAACUGUAACCUCUCUAAGGACAAGAUUAGACAAAGAUAUACUUGAUGAUAUUUUAAUUAUAAAGCUUAAUCGUACAUUGUUAAAUAAUGUGAUAUUUUAAAUAAUUAUUUAUAUAACCUAUUUCAUUAUAAAGUUAUUGUUU